AUGGCGUCCGGAUACAACUCGAAUUUCUCCGCGACCUCGAUCCAGCACCGGGCUGCGGGCGAUGGGCGGUCCCUGUCUAGUCAGGAUGACGGAUUCGUGGAUGGCAGCUGGCCCGGGCCUGCUGCAUCAAAACCAGGGCGGAACCGCCGCUCUGAGUCUGGCGGGAGUUCAAGCACGGGACCGCGGGGAGCUUCUUUGGCUCCUUCCGCAGCAGGUCCCGGAAGCUUCAGCGCGGAGCUGAAGAGCAUGAAGUCUUCUCGGAGUACAACACCACGAGCUGACGUACGGCCGGCCGAUAUCCAGUACGCACGAAGACCCAGCAGCACUCUCGACUAUGAGGAUCUACCGACAACGGAGGAGCGCCAGGCUGCGUUGCGAGAUCGAAUUGCCAAAGAGAUGAAAAUAAAAACGGGGACGGAGAAUAUGUUGGAAGUACUUUUGACGAAGAACCCGAAGCAAACCAAGGAUCAGAGGCUGAAGGUGGAAUCGGAGCUGGGUUCGUCUAAUCGCAAGCUCCUUGACCUACAUCAUGAGCUUGAGGAGGAACAACUACGUGCGCAGGCGUCUUCAACCCCUCCUCGGAGUCGUAUGUCGGGUCUAUUUCAGGGAAGUUCAAUACGAUCGCCCUCCCGUGCCAAUUUGUCGGAUGGUGAACGCAUGGACGAUGUGGAAGCAGAGAUGGAAUCGCCAACAUAUGUCCUCGCGGAAACCCUUCAGGCUCUGGAAAUCGAAUUGAUGUCGCCCGAUUACUACGUUGAGCGUGCAAAUAGCCUAGUGGAACUCUUCAGGCGGAAUCCAACCUUGAAGUAUGACCUUGCUUGGUCCGUUUUCGGCCUGCGUGUUCAAGUUAUGCUCUUGAGCGACAGCAAGGAAGUGGUGGCGGCUGGGUAUCGGUUAACCCGUUAUGCCAUUGCCGAUCGGAAAUCUCUCCAAAUGAUCCGGUCCCUCCACACAGACGAGCUCGUUAUUCUGUCCCUUGUCAAAGAAAGCAAGGCCAAUAUUGAGCGGGAACAGGCGCUGAAAUUUGUACGGGCCUUCCUUGAUGUCAAAGAUGGUGUAAAGGAGAUUUCACGCGCUGUCGUACGGACCGUUGUCUCUGUAGCCGAGCAUCACGAGGACCGGCUUCGAAACAUUUCACUUAUGACUCUCGCGGAGAUUCUAGUCAAAGAUCCUCAACUGAUAGCUUACGCCGGCGGCUUCUCUCCACUGCACGACGCCCUGUCAGAAGGAACCUUUGGUGCAUCAGAGAGCUUGAUAACAUGCUUCCUCCAUGUACUCGACACUCCUCACAGCAGAACUCAUCUUCGAGGGGGGUGCGAACUUGAAGCUGUCCUCGCACCGUUCACAGACUCGAUAUCAGACAAUAUUCGCAAUGGACGUCUAAAAUCAUCCGCAAAAGCAAUUUCCGCUAUGUUAAAGUCAUGGCCAGGAUUAGUGAUCCUUGGAAAAGACGGGGCGAAGCCUCUGAGGUCACUUUUAGAGUCACUACAUUAUCCAGAUCCUCAGGCAAGGGAUCUAAUCAUGGAACUUCUAUUCGACGCUUUAAGAAUUAAGCCCCCAUCAUGGUCCUCAUCGUUUCUCGCUGGACGAAGACUCACAACCUAUGGUAGAGUCGCAAAUUUGCGGUCAGAGUCUGACGCAAAACAACUUCGGACCUUUUUCGACAGCAGCGAAAGUCAAUUUGACCUCACUGCUCACUUUUCUACACUCAUUCUUGCCGCCUUAGUUGAAGCUGGACUAUCAAAGGCACUCUGCGAUCUUAUUGAAGAGGAAGAAGACCCGUCACUGAGGCGGAAGGCAACAUUACUUUUGACAGAGGUUCUCAAGUUAGCGCACCAUUCCUUGCCGUGGAACGUCAGUGCGAAGCUCCAGGUUCUCCCACAUCUAAUCUCACCGGCCAUUACAUUUGAUGUUGAAAACCACGACGUGUCGACAUCCACUAUCUAUCAAAUAGAAAGCAUCAACAGAACGCUGGCCCGCUCUCUCGGAGGCAUCACCAGCGGAGCUGGGAGGUAUAGCGUGGAUGUUGAUAUAUCCGCCUCGCUCUUAUCCGGGGAUCAGAACAAGGACAAAUUAAGUCCUUCCAUGGACGAAACACAAUUCCGCAACGCGAUAUUAGAAACGCAUGUUCUUAAUACCGUCAAUUACCUCAAGUGGAAGUGGGACUUGAUACACCGUCUCGUGGAAGGACCGCUUUCGAACCCCAAGAGGCUAGACGAAGCUAUCAAAGGAUCAAAGUUCAUGAAGCGCCUCAUGGGAUUCUAUCGCCCGUUCAAAUACAGGUAUUCAGUACUUGCAAACACGAAACCGAAUCAGCGAUAUGUUCGUACCGGGUGCGUGUUGAUGCGUUGCCUCGUUCAGACAGCCGAAGGGAGAAAAUAUUUAGCCGAGAACAAAUUCCUCCGACAAGUUGCCGAAUGUCUUGCUCAGGUAGAUCACAUGAGUGGGCUCACAUCAUCGGCACCGUUGUUUUCGCGUGAGCAAAUGGCAAAUACUCUGAGUGGUGGCUAUUUUGCGAUGCUAGGAAUAUUAAGUGCCGACGCGAAUGGACUGGCGAUGAUGGAAAGAUGGCACAUGCUCAACAUGUUCUAUCACAUUAUUGAGCUCCGAGAUCGCGAUGAUCUAAUCCAAACACUACUAGGACAUAUGGACUACUCACAAGGGAGUCAUCUUAGGGUGAUGUUAUCAAAAGCUCUUACCACUGGCUCCAAAGAUAUUCGCAUUUUCGGAACAAGACUGCUUCGGAAAUACACGGUGGGCAAUGUUUCUCUCCCUUCACUCAUGGCUAUCGGCAAUGCAGACUGGGUCAUUAAACUCCUGGUCACUCAGCUGUAUGACCCAGACGUUGCCGUGUGUCAAGUGGCAGUGAAGAUUCUCGAAGAAGCAUGCAAUCAGCGCGACUAUCUCGAAUUUGUGGUUAAAUGCCGGCCAUCCCUAGACCACCUAGGUGAAAUUGGCGCACCUUUGCUCUUACGCUUCUUGUCGACGUCAGUGGGCUAUCACUAUCUUGAUGGCCUCGACUACAUCACACAAGAAAUGGACGAUUGGUUCCUAGGACGAAAUGAUGCAUACGUGAGUCUUGUUGAGGCUGCUUUAUCCCGAGCCUACGUCGAUCAGCCCCGAAGGAACAGUUUAGUUCCCGAGGAUCUGGUCGAUCUCCAAGAUAUCGGCGUGGUGCCCCCACAUUUCUAUAGAGAAUUGGCUCGGACUGCAGAAGGCUGCAAGCUUUUGGAGCAAUCGGGCCAUUUUCAAGAAUUCUCCGCAACAAUAUCCGAUUUCCAAUUAGACGAAGAGGACAACGAGGCCCUUCUCAAAGUCAAGGGGUGUCUCUGGGCUGUAGGCAACGUUGGUUCCAUGGAGCUGGGCGCGCCAUUCCUCAGCUUGGAGCUCGUCCAGGAUAUUGUAAAGAUCGCCGAGUGUGCGGAGGUUUUGACAAUGAGGGGAACUGCUUUCUUUGUGCUAGGCUUAAUCUCACGCAGCCCACAUGGUCUUGGGGUUUUACGGCAAGCUGGUUGGGACUCUGCCAUUGAUCAAAAGGGAAAUUCUCUGGGCUUGUGCCUUCCUACUGACUUUAGCAAGCUCUUUUUGGUCGAUUUUCCCUCCUAUUCCAGGCCCGCGGAAGCGAAGCGCACCUCCCAAGAAAAACUCAAAGCAGCCACGCUGGAUUCGGACCCUGCCAACCAGAAGAUCCUGAAGCUGAUCGCCGACAUGGGCAACACUGUUUUGUCCAAGAGAGCAGCGGCAGAUCUUCACAGCAUCAAAUCCAAGGAACCAGAACGAUUUCACCAGGCUCACCUCUUCCGGAAGACAUUGAGUAUCAUUGAAAGCCAUCACUUCCGACUCCCCGCUCGGCGCUUCGCACUCGAUCUUUUUGACAAGAGCGUGAUGCGGCGCGUAGUGUUGGAUCACGCGGAACCCCAGUCGGACUCCGAUUCCGAUUCCAACUCAGAAGCGUCCUCCUCAGAAGCGUCGGAAUAG